GCCCCCGCCGCGGUCCGGCAAGAUGCCCCUGGGACUGCGGGUGAAGAGGAAAGCCAAGGCCAAGGACACCUGCGCGCUGGUGCAGGGCGAGCAGGCGGGCGCGGAGGGCGGCCAGCCCCCGGCACCCCGGCCCGCCCCGGCCAGGCUGGUCUUCUACACGCAGCUGGCGCACGGCAGCGCCACGGGCCGAGUGGAGAACUUCGCCAGCAUCCGGGAGCUCUACGCCAAGAUCGCCGGCGUGUUUGAGAUCUCACCCUCCGAGAUCUUAUAUUGCACUUUAAACACACCUAAAGUUGACAUGGAAAAACUCUUAGGAUCACAAAUAGGUCUUGAAGAUUUCAUAUUUGCCCACGUGAAAGGAAUAAAAAAAGAAGUGAAUGUGUAUAAAUCCGAGGAUUCACUUGGUCUCACCAUUACAGAUAAUGGUAUUGGCUGUGCUUUUAUAAAGAGAAUUAAAGAGGGCAGCAUAAUUGACUCAGUUAAAACAAUCUGUGUGGGAGAUCACAUUGAAUCCAUAAAUGGAGAAAAUAUUGUUGGGUGGCGUCAUUUCGAUGUUGCUAAGAAGUUAAAGGAAUUAAAAACAGAGGAACUCUUUACCAUGAAGUUAAUAGAACCUAAGAAGGCAUUUGAAGUAGAGCCAAGGUCAAAAGCUGGACAUACCUCAACAGGAAAAAUUGGUACUGGAAGGGGGACACUUCGCCUGAGGUCAAAAGGUCCUGCCACUGUGGAAGAAGUGCCUUCUGAAGCUAAUACAAAAGCAAUUGAAAAGGUCGAUGAUCUUCUUGAGAUGUACAUGGGAAUUCGAGAUAUUGAAUUAGCUACCACAAUAUUUGAAGCUGGAAAGGACAAAAGUAAUCCAGAUGAGUUCGCCGUGGAACUUGACAAAACUCUUGGAGACUUUGCAUUUCCAGAUGAAUUUGUCUUUGAUGUUUGGGGAGCCGUUGGUGAUGCCAAACGAGGAGGAUUAUGAUGUGGCUGGUCCAUCACUGGAGAAAUGAACCAUUCAUUGUUCCUGUGUGUAUAUGUGUUUUUUUUUUUU